AUGACAAAUACUAUUGAUAUCGAAGCUUUUGAAAAACAAUUAAUGGACUUAGCAGCCGAUUUUCAACUCCUAGAGAUAUCUAGUAAUCGAUUGAGGGAAGCAGUUAGAGCUGAAGCAAGUCGGGCAGAAGCAGCGGAAGCAGCACAAGCUGAAGCAAAGAGGACCAAUGCUGAAUUGCGGGCAACUGCCGCGGCCGCUACUGCUGGCGCAAAUCAAGCUACACAAGAUCUCAUUGCAGUUCAAGAAGAACUUACUAACGCCAGAAUAAAAUUAGAAUUAGCUGAAAGGCAACGGUCGCUCUUCGAAGAAAAGUGUAUAGAAAUGAGCAAGCAGAUAGCUGUACUUGAAAAGGAUGCGCAAGAGUAUAAACCUCUUCAAAGUUCGUUUGUUAUGUUACAAAAGCAAUAUGUAGAGUUACUGGAACGAGUUCAAGCAUCAACCGAUGAUGCAAAACGAGAAGCAAAUCGCCUAGAGAAUGAAUUACGUCGAGUUGAAAAAUGCGCCGGCGCAGGGUCCGAACUUCGUGAGAGAGCGCGAUUGGCGGCAGCCGCGCAUGUAAGGGAACGACGCUUUACAGCAGCGGAAUUACAUGAUACCACACGAGAACUUCAAGUCGCUAAUGGUGAAGUUAUCCGUCUGACAGUUCAGGUCGCUGAGUUAAAGAGACAGCUUAGCGAUGUUCAAGAAAAAAAUUCAACAGACCCGUUUGCUUUAGACAAAGAUAUAUUAUCGGAAACCAAAGCAGCUUUAGAAGAAGAACGGAAUAACACUAGGCAACUGGAGAGGGCCUUAGCGUCUGCCCUAGCAGAUAACGCUACAUUAGCUGCACUUUUGCACCGAGCCGACAACGCUACAGAGCCUCCACCAGAAACCACUAACACAAAAGAACCAACGUCUACAAAUAUAUCUACUAUUGAUUCUUUUUUAGCUGAAUAA